AUGUAGCUGUGAGUGUGUUUCUCUCUCCUGCUUUAUUCUCCACCUGUGCAGUACUGAUGGUGGUGUUGUGUCUCCUCAGCCAUGCAGUCCUGCAGCGUUCACCACUGUGUCCUGCUCUUACUCACCCUCACAUUCACCACUGCUCCUGUAGCAGCUGGUGACUGUCCUACACUGGUGAAGCUUCAUCAGCCUGUGACUCUCCCAUGUGCUCAUGAUUGUUCUGGUGAGGCCAAAUGGACCAUGCAACGUAAUCGAGAUGUUGUCUUCGCUCGGUGUGAUCAGACAACAUGCAGCUCAGUGGUGAAGGGAUAUGAAAUGUCUCAUGAUCAGUACCUGAAGGGAGAUCUCUCUCUCACCAUCACUGCAGCUGAAUACAGUAUGAGGAACACGUACGCGUGUGAGUGUGGCGGCCUAGACUACUCUAUAGUGCGCCUCAGCAUUGAGACCGUGUUCUCAGCAGUUCAGGUGAAGCAUGAUGGAGAUCUGAUCCUGGAUCUGACCGUACCAGAGCCAGUGGAGGUGAUUUAUACAAGCAGUGAUUCAGCUGAUGGUGAACGGAUCUGUAACGUGACUCAACGCUCACUACAGUGUAAAGCUGAAUACACACACAGAACAUCACUCAGAUACCCAGAGCUCACACUGAGAGACGUGACGCACAGUGAUCGUGGACUUUACACCAUCCGGGACACGGAGAAUAAAGAAGACAUCCGUGUGUACGCCGUCGCUGUGACAGCCGUGUUCUCAGCAGUUCAGAAGAACCCUGGUGAAGAUCUGAUCCUGGAUCUGACCGUACCAGAGCCAGUGGAGGUGAUUUAUACAAGCAGUGAUUCAGCUGAUGGUGAACGGAUCUGUAACGUGACUCAACACUCACUACAGUGUAAAGCUGAAUACACACACAGAACAUCACUCAGAUACCCAGAGCUCACACUGAGAGACGUGACGCACAGUGAUAGUGGACGUUACACCAUCCGGGACACGGAGAAUAAAGAAGACAUCCGUGUGUACUCCGUCGCUGUGACAGGGUUAAGUAAGGGGGUGACUGCAGGCAUAGUGGUGCUGGUGCUGGUGCUGGUGCUGGUGAUCAUUGCAGUGAUUAUGUACAAAUGGAGAGAAGUGGACAAGAAGCGCAGAGCAGCUGAGGAGAAGCGCAGAGCAGCUGAGGAGAAGCGAAGAGCAGCUGAGGAGAAGCGAAGAGCAGCUGAGGAGGAAUUCAGAGCAACUGAGAAGGAGAUCAGAACAGCUGAGGAGGAGCUCAGAACAGCUGUGGAGGAGCUCAGAACAGCUGUGGAGGAGCUCAGAGCAGUUCAGGAGAAGCUCAGAGCACGUAAGGAGAAGCUCAGAGCACGUAAGGAAAAGCUCAGAGCACAUAAGGAGAAGCUCAGCGCAGCUAAGGAGAAGCUCAGCGCAGCUAAGGAGAAGCUCAGCGCAGCUAAGGAGAAGCUCAGCGCAGCUCAGGAGGAGCUCAGAGCAGCUCAGGAGGAGCUCAGCGCAGCUCAGGAGGAGCUCAGAGCAGCUGAGGAGAAGCUCGGCGCAAAUAAGGAGCGCAGAAAGGUGGAGAAUGAAGAGCGAGCCGUGGUUGAGAAUGUUAAUCAACUGUUUGAGAUUCUUCAACGCAAGAACCAUCCAGAUACCAACCUGAAGCAGAUUGAGAAGAAGCUUGAUGAAGUGGAGAUGAUGAUUAAAGAUCUGGAAGAGGGGUACAGAGAGAACAGGAGAUAUAAAGACCGUGUCGAAUCGUUCUGCUACACAAAGAGACGAGAUCUGGAAUUGUGCAGAAAAUUGUAUGCUACACUGCAGUCUGAGUCAGAAGGGAUUAUAGCUCUACAGCUGCUGUGGCGCUUUAUAGAGGAGACUCCCGAGAAUGAUGUGCUGAAUGCGAUGUUGUCGGCGGAGGACCUCUUGGAGAGAUUGUAUCUGUCCGAGAACCCUGCAGCACUGGACAUGGUGGAAUCAAAUCUGUGGAUUAUAAAGUCCUGGUGCAACCUGAAGAGAUAUGAUGUAGACAUCUUCGAGCAGAAUCACAGUGAUAAAGCAAAUGUGAGGUUAAUGAUUAUUAAUACGGGGGCACUUCUGAGUGUGUUGGGAAAGUGGUGUGACGAUAAGGAGAAAAAGCUGAAGAAAUACAAACCCAAACCAGGCUCUGCAGAACGCUCUGAGAAUCAGCCAGUAGAGUCAGAACCAGAGUCAGAACCAGAGUCAGAACCAGAGUCAGAACCACUGUACUGUAAUGUUUAAUUUACACGACAUAACGCAUAAGCAUUUAGGAGGAAGAUACAUCAACCCCCCCACACCCCAUACACACACACACACACACAUCUUCUGUGAUAUGAGUAUGUAAUCUAUUAUUGUACACUGUGGAAGAUCCAGUUACAUUUACUCUUAUUAUAUACAUUAUAUACAUUAUAUAAACAUUACAUUAUAUAACCAGCUGUAGAAUCAUAUCUUUAUAAUCUUUCACCUUUGUUAUUGUGUAGGAAAUAAGGUGUGUGCGUGUGUGUGUGUGUGUGUGUGUGUGUGUGUGUGUGUGUGUGUGUGUGUGUGUGUGUGUGUGUGUUGAAGCACUUCCUCCUCAGUGCAGUGUGAAAGCGAUCACAGUUGAGACGUGAUGUUUGAGCAGUAAUUAGAGAAGAAGAAUUCUUCAGGCUUGUGUGUGAACAAUAUCAACAUCAUUCUUUAUUAUUUCUUUCCUAUCUCGUGUGGAAUCCGAGGUCACAGGGGAGAAGUCAGACCUCGGUGGGGUCGUAUCGCAGUAGUCAGGAACACGUAAGGAGCCGUCGUCCAGAUUAUGAGAAGGUGCUGAAGCUCCACAUGGACAGUAGUCUAAUCUGGUUUAGCAGCGUAGCAAUAAAAGCCGACUCCUCCGCUGUGGCCAGUCAGUGACGAGGGUUUAGUGGGAAGGAAAUCCAUCAGAAUUCCUCCUGUAAAUAAUCAGUGUUGGGAAACCGAUCAGCACGUAUCUGUGGAGUGUUUUAUUCUAACGCUCGCUUCAUUUCUGUACAGCUGCUGUGUGAUCAUCUCCAUCUUAAAAGCUCUACACAGAUCACACGGAGCUGAACUGAAUGAUUGACAGCUGUGUGUGUGUGUGUGUGUGGGGGGGGGGGUCCUGUCUUUCUGUGUUUUUAUAGGAACUAGAAUCUAUCAGUGUGUGUUCCACUUAGCUCACGUUCCGCAUGUAUAUAUUUAACACCAUGUGCUGAUUUAUUAGAGAGGUCACUAACACUCUUUCAGUGCUCAGGUGAAGGAGAAACAUCUGGAAUAGUCGCAGUAGCGUCUGUGCUGUUCUCCGAUCUCCUGACCGUCGCCUGGGUUCAGAUACACGCUCUGUUCCCGUUUCAUUUUGUCCUGCAGCUUUUUAAAUAAAGUGUUGUGUCCCUGCA